AAACUUCAGCUUGCAGCUGAGCAUCUGCUGGCAGAACAGGAUAGCACAGCGUGUCAGGGAUCGUCAGCCAUGGCUGCAUGCACGGAGGUGAAGGUGCACGGGUAUGAGGAGUACUGCAGGGAGGUGGAGAAGUACCGGGGGAGGACGGUGUUCGCUCUGUUCUGUGGGGAUAAGAAUGAGGACGGGGUGAGCUGGUGCCCGGACUGUGUAAAAGCUGAACCACUCAUCCGAGGGGAAAUGAAGCACCUCCCAGAAAGGCUCAGUCUUCAUAUACUGUCUGGUUGGAGAGAGAGCAUAACUGGAAGGAUCCAAAUAACGAUUUUAAAAAAAUCUUGAAACUUACUGGUGUUCCCACUAUUCUUAAAGCUGGAACGGCACAGAAACUGACUGAAGAAGAAUGCUUUAAACCUGAUCUAAUCCAGAUGCUGUUUUCAGAUGAAUAA